UAUGGUUUGUUUAAUGUUUACAAACCAGUUUGCAAUACGGUGCGUUUCAGCCGGCGUUUUAACACCCUGUUGCCAUGGACGCACCUGCCUCUAAAAAUCCCAGCACCCUCUGCACAUCGUUGCCAUGCAACAGCAAGUUUGUUGUUGCAGACUGAGAUAAGCCGGUUGCAAGAAUGGACGAGCAAUCGACAGAAGAGACAGCAUUUGUUGUGGAUGAUGUCAGCAAUAUUAUUAAAGAUGCAGUGGAAAGCACGAUAGGGAGCAGCGCAUACCAGCACAACAGGGUUAACCAGUGGACAUCCAGUGUCGUGGAAACAAGCCUCAAUCAGCUCACCAAACUGGGCAAACCUUUCAAAUACAUUGUGACCUGUGUUAUUCUACAGAAGAAUGGGGCUGGUUUGCAUACAGCAAGUUCCUGUUUCUGGGACAACACUGUUGAUGGAAGCUGUACAGUGAGGUGGGAGAACAAGACCAUGUACUGCAUCGUCAGCAUCUUUGGGCUGGCCCUUUAAACACAGUGUCACACUACGGAUCUGUCUCAAACGGGGAAAAAAAAAAAAGAAUAAAUAAAAAACCCUAGUUCUUGCUUUAAAUUGUGAUCAUCAAGACAAGCUGGGGUAAAUGAGCAGGGACCAACGUGAAGAAAGUUGGAGUAAAGUGAUAGAUGUGGUUGCAGAUUUACAUUAUUGAACUGGAUGCCAUUUAGGGAUUGCUAUAAGAUUAUGCUAUUGUGCCAACUUCAUUUUUAACUAAAUACCAGUAGUUUGACUUUAAAAUCUGAUUAUGGUCAUUUCAUUAAUCGUGUAUAAAAUCACGUCAAUCACGAACAGUGCUCCAUUUAAUGUUUCACAGACAAAAACGUCACAUCACAUUAGUACAGUAUCUGCAAAACAAAUCUCACGCCUGUGAAGUGUUUAAUGUGCCAAGAAGUUGUUCUUCAUGAGACGGACAGAUCCAACCACAUUUUGUAUUUCUUGUAUGUUACAGAACAAAUAAAAUCAGUGAGCCGUAUUUUCACAAUUUUUUGAAGAUCUACAUUUUUUUUUGAGAUAGAGUAUGAGCAAUGUUAAAUCAGAAUUUAAAAAUUGGAUAUAACUGUAAAGGUUUUUUGUAUUGGAACAGCAUAUCUUCUGUCUGGCAAAUUACUAUAAAGUUAAUGAAAGAAACAGGGUUCAGUACUUUGCUACAAUUGACAGAGCCUUCCCUUUAACUGAAUAUUAACUGUCACUGCUUUCAAAUGAAGAAUCUGCACCUGUUUAAACCACAGGUACUUAGUAAUGCAUCUGUGGUAUAAAUACUUUUUUUUUUCUUUUAACAGAAACUAACUGCAGAGAUUUUAUUUAUAAAAUAAGCCCAUUUAAGAGCCACAUUAAUAUGAACAAAACACAACUUGUGAAUGCUCAAUAAACCUUUUCACUGUAA